AUGAAAACACUGAAUAGAAAAGAGUUUAGGUCAUCACUCAUCUCCGCUGAAAGACAGCUUAUGCUACUACUUCUAUCCUUAAUUGUUGUCCCAUGGAUGCUGCUACCCAAGCCUUUCAGUUUAAAGGCACAUCAUAAUAGAGCACACCAAGGUGAUUCCUAUGUGGCACUUGAAGGGACAGAUGAGUCAUUAGUGGAGGGAGAUCUGGUACUUUCCCACUUUAUGUUGUUGGAAGAAAGAUUCAGGAAUGUUAACUGGGAAGGCCACGAGCCCCAAAACUCAAGAGGAAUAGUAUCUGAAAUACCAUUAUUUGCAAUAUCAAGACUGGUAAGGAUAUGGGCAUAUAAGAACCUCAGUUUGUGGACCUGUCUCAAGAUGAAAAUCAGAUCCAAUGAGACGAAUGUCAAACCUUUGACCAAGGAGUUAAUUGAUUAUCUACAUGUAAGUGACCAGGACCUCAAGGGAAAUCUUACUGAAAAAAUUUGCUCCAUUGUAGAAAAGCUUUCCCCUGAUAAGAUUUGGUACAUUGAUCAGAUGCUCAUGGUUCUUUCUGAGCGAUUAAGCGAUAUCUCACCUCAUAUGAACCAUAACCGAUAUGGGAGGUUUGUUAAGUUCAUUUUGUUUUCUGAUGCAAAAAAAGUGGCUAAUAUCUUUGUGUUGUGCUGUGGUGUAGCGUUUUCAAUAUCUAUAAUUAAGGCAGAGCAAGCAAUUCUGCAAUGUCUCGAUGUUGCAGCUAAGGCUCCGCAUUGGCCUAUUGGUGUUGAUGCAUUAUCAGCAAGAUGCAGUAAAGACUUGGAGUUGAAUUUUGCUAAGUCAUAUAAUCAGCUGCUUGGAGCAUUAGUCUUAAAGAAUUAUGAAAGGCAAGAUGCAACUUUAGUUAGUUGGAAUUCGAUGUACAUAGUAGAUUAGAUGCAAAUUUAUAUAUUGUAAGAAAUAGAAUUGUAUGACAUUAAAUU